AAUGGCACAAUAAUUGCAAUUAAAAAUUCACCAUAUUCAGUCAUAAAUAAGCGAGCAAAAUAAAAAUAGCACGCGUGCGUGUGUGACUGCAAAACCGUCCGAGCGAAAAAACAAACAAAGGAAAUUAACACAGAUUUAUUUUAAAUUCCAAAAAUUAAAAAUAAAAGUAGUUGAACACAACAAAACAGACAAACAUUUAUAACAAGUGCACGUAAAAAAAACUGUAGAUUAAAUUGUGGUUUUGUAAUUGAUUUAAAAAUUUAAACGCAAUCAAGCUAAUUAAUUAAAACAAGCAGCAAUAGUGACUACUGCCUACGUAAGCUGCAAGAACGGCAGCAGCAGCAGCAGCAGCAAAGGGCCAACUGUGAAUUGAGCAGCCACAGCAGCAAGCCAACUAUAUAAAUACAUCCCUACAUACAUAAUUAAUUGGAGCAUCCGCAAAAAGUAAUUUGUUUGAAAUGCCGUUCUAUUCGCAAGACUGGCGUUCGCCCGGUGAAGCUUGGGUCAAGACCGAUGAGGGCUGGGUAUGCAAGAAGGUGCUCGAAUGCGGCAAACGAAGGAGACUUCCAUCCAGUUCGGACGAUAGUUUCGAUGAAGACGCCGACGAAGUUAUCGUCCCACCACACUGCCACAUAACAGUGCGUUGUACACGCGAAAUUGCCGGUUUCAAUGGACUUGGCGAAGUGGUGCGACGUCUGGACUUUCGAACUUCGCUGCGCAAUCACAAACGCUUCCACUAUAUUUGUGCAUUGCUGCGACUCUUGGUAUCCCACAAGGGUAUCGUCAACUUGUCUGGCAGCGCGCAACGGGUGCUGAUGCAAAUUGUGGAAGAUGUGGCCACACAUGUCAACGACAGUCAGCAGCAUUUGAAUGUGUUGCGUGGUUUGGUCAUACAACUGCAAGAAAUCGUUUUACAGGAGAGUCAAAAGUGUUGGGGGAAGCCGUUGGGUAGCACCAAUCUGUGGCAGGAGCAUAUCGAGACUAUAAAACGUAUACAAACCGUUGCUAGUCAAAUCGAAAUCAAAGAGCCCGGUCCAGAAAUACGUCCAAAAUUGCAUGACUUACCUGAAGAGUGCAUACGUGAGAUAAUUUUACGCAUAGCCGAUCAUAAAGAUCUCGAAGCCUCCGCCAACGCCUGGCAAACCAUGGCCUCACUCAUUUCGGAGCAACGCAUUUGGCGCGAACUAUGUCGCUUCCACUUCAAACAACAUCAAAUAAACCUAAUACUCGAUCUUAAUAAUAUUAAACUAAUGAACGAGGUAAAGGACUGGAAAAAGAUCUAUCAUCAUUUGAGACGCACCUAUGGCGUUAAUGAUGACUAUCAAUUUGCCGAAGUGCUGGAACUAUGCCGCAUAUGUUCCUGUUUAUUCUGGCCAUCUGAGGGCCAUCCAUGCAUUGCCGAUGAAAUGCCGGAUUACAAGCAGCGAUUGGAAGAUGCGGCGGGCGGUGGUCAGUUGGUGGUGGCACAGCCAGUGCCACCGGCACAAUUUCUAAAAUAUUUCUCAUUGUAAAUAGGCUUUUAAGAAACUAAAUAAGUACAUUUGGGGAACGGGAAAAUCGCAAAAAACCGGAAGAAGAAGCGAAAGAAAAGUGUGUUUAGAGCAAUUGUGGUUUGUUGAUAAAUAUUUGAAAUGAUAAUUUUUAAAGGCAGCUGGAAAACUGGUGCGCUAUGAUUAUUAAGUUAUGGAGAUAACUAUAUACAUAUAUGUAUUUAUGAAUUAAAAAAAACUGCUUAGUAUAAAAAUGAGAUGAUGAAAAUUUAAAUAUAUGUAUGUAUAUGCAAAAGUGUAAAACUACUUAAAUAAGGCAAACAAAGUACAGUGAUAACUUGAAAAAAAAAGAUUUAUGUACGUGUGUAUUUGAAAUUCAGCUACUUAGUAAGAUCUAUUGCGAUUUGUGAAUCUUUCCAACAACUUUCUAAUUUUUUAUAAAAUCCACAUUAUUACAUAAAAAGUAUAUGUUUUAGAUUCGUAAGCAUGCAUAGAAAAAAAAAAAAAACGAUUACUCGGCUGAAUUAAAUAUUCCUACGUUAGUACAUGCAUCAAAAAGUACUCAUUUCACAAAUAAAAAAUCAUACAUACAUACAUGCAUACACAUGUAUGUUUGAAAAUACUA